CCUCACUCUACGAUCGACCUGAAUAUUCGCAAUGGUGUUCGUGUGCCGGUGGAUUAUAUUUGUUCUGAUUCCGUUGAGUCUGCCAGCGGUGUUUUGUGAUGAAGACUUCACGAACGUUACGACCACUACGGAUUUCUACGAGGAGAGCCCUGAAACGACAACACUCUACCCCGAAGAGGAUGGAGAUCCGUACACUAGGUCGCAGAGCAUAUUCGGUGAAUCGGAAACUACAACGAUCGAUCCCGAUGCGCCCGGACCCAUGGAAAUCAUGAUGAACGAAGUGUUCGAUGAAAUCUACCGGAAAGCUCUCCCGUUCGUUACCCAAUUCGGUUUUGAUCCCAACAUCACCACAGAUUGUUCGACAGCUCUCGUGAAAUUCGCUCUCGGUCUCCGUAAAAUGGAACCGUGGGCUCUCCAGAUGUUCGACGCUACUGGAAAACUAGCGCCCGGUCUGAUGAAAGGUACCCUCGGGGACUUGGGCAAUUUCCACGAGUGUCUCAAUAUCGAGGCCCGCAAGAGGAUCGAUGACAGCCUCGACUUCACCGGUCGCUUCUGUACCGUCUACAUCAACAUGGCCCACAACUCGAUGGUUCCCAAAGUUCUCAAGAAAUUUCAAGGCGUAGGACUGUUGAUCGGACGGAGAGACCCCCUGAACUACGUGGGCAACAGUAUGUUCAAAGGAUUCAGGAACUCGGUCUGCAUACCGUCGGCCUGCUCAGCCGAAGAUUUGACGUAUAUUGCGAGCGUUGCAGCGAAAAAACUCGAGGCGACCGUCGUCGUACGAGGAUGUACAGCCAAAGGCGAACAACAAACUAGCGACGUACAAAAAGCCGUACUGAGACUGCUGGCGGUCAUUGCUAGCGUGGUUUUUUCGGCGACGGCGUACGACACCCUCUGCCGUCUUUUAAAAACCCCUGGGGAAGACGACAUCAUCUCGAGGCUACGAUCCUCCUCGGACGUCUAUUACAAAAUGGACGAGAUUCUCCUCGGUAUGUCGAUUGUCCACAACACGGAAAAACUUCUCCACGUCGAGCCCCGGGACAUCAACGACCAAAAGCUCAUGUUCAUCCACGGCAUGAGGUUUUUCAGCUGUUCAUGGGUGAUUCUAGGCCAUACCUACCUGAUCGGGGACCCCACAGCGACAACGUCAUUGUCGAACGUUAUCGACUUGGUCGACAGCAUAUUCACGACGGUAAUCGCGAAUGCUUUUCCCGCCGUCGAGACUUUCCUCUUCAUAAGUGGUUUUCUCUUGAGUUACAACGUCCACAAACUUCUACAAAACUGCAAACGACUGUGGCUGACCGUACCAGUGAUCCUCCUGCGAAGAUACAUUCGUUUAACGGUGCCCGCUAUGUUGGUCGUGGGAAUUUGGCUUCUGGUGCCACUAGUGGGUGACGGUGCGAUCAUGAACGACUACCGGCCUCGAUUCCUCGAGUCUUGCGAAACGAACUGGUGGCGAGUACUAACGCACACGAACAAUUUCGUUCCAUUCUUCGACAUGUGCCUCGGUCACCUGUGGUACAUUGAUAUCGACUACCAGCUAUACGUUCUGCUCAUGAUCAUCCCGAUCAUCAUGCUCAAGAGCCCUAAAAACGGAAUGAUCGUCGCGAUCGUCUCGACCAUCGUUACGACGGUCUACGUCGGCUACACGACCGUGAGCCUCGGUCUGCAACCGACCGUCGUUUUCACCUCGACGGAUAUCGACAGUACCGUCAACACGACGAACCUCGUCCAGUUCAGACCGUGGGCUCACGUGGGAUCGUUCAACGUAGGAAUACUCUUGGGCUACCUGAUCUACAAGCAGCCGAAAAUUAAAAUGAACUUCAGCACGGUGAUCGUAUGCUGGAUGAUCGCCGUCUGUGUGAUGCUCACUGUUCUCUUCAAACCCCACGACUGGUUCUCGGUGGACUACGUCGAUUUCGGGAGCACCGAGUGCAUCGUCUAUGCGAUCUUCCACCGGCUGGCGUGGACACUCGGCGUUGCCUGGGUGGCUUUCGCCUGCGCUACGGGAAGAGCGGGAAUCAUCGCCAGGAUCCUGUCUUGGAGGACAUUGGUACCGCUGAGCAGACUUUCGUUUGGAGCUUUCUUGGCGCAUGUUGUCAUCCUGUUGACGCAACUAAUGUUGCAAGAGGAGCGUGUGCCGUACAAUCAUGUGACAAAAAUCAUGAACUACUUCGCGGUGACGACAGCUUCGUUCAUCAGCGCUUACGUCUUAUUCUUGUUCUGCGAGGCGCCGGUUGCUCUCCUAGACAAAAUGCUUGUCGGUGGUGAACUCUUCCAAAUUCGGCGAAAAAAGUCCACUGCGGGUGCCAGAAGCGACUCUCAGCACGAUGCCAAGUCCGACGCCGUCAUGGAAACGCUAAGAGUUGAGCCCAGGAAUCAUUCAUAUCUAUAGGAAUUGUGACCUUCUAUGGAUGCGAGGAGAUUUAUACCGUUAACAUAAUCUGGUUUGCCCGGCCGCGACCGAGUUUCUGUUGUUGUCGUUGGAGGCGGAGCAAACCAUGGAGUUUGGAAUGAGAGGAACGAACCAA